AAUAAAUAAUACAUUUUGUGCGUAUAUAUUGUUCAAAUGUUAUUUUAAAGUAAUUUGAAAGCAGGAAAAAUGGCACAUCCACGAAAUGUACGAAAGUUUAGCGAGAAAAUUGCACUGCACAAUCAAAAGCAGGCGGAGGAAACGGCAGAAUUUGAGAAAAUUAUGCGAGAAGUACAAGGCGUUACAGUAAAGGAACCCACUGACGAAAGAACCAUUCAAAAGUCACGAAGCACCGAAAUAUUCAAGAGAAUGGCUCCUUCAACUCCCAGAGAAACCAAGUGUGAAGGACGGCAGACUGGCGGUCCAAUGAGAAGCAAACGAAAGCCGGAAUAUUCAACAUCACCAUAUCUAUCUUUGCCAACUGAUCACAAUUGGAGACGUUCCAGCUCUGAUUCUGCUAUCCAUCAGACACUAAAUCACAUCACUUCGCAGGAAGGAUUAAAUGUUGACGAAUCACAAAUGGGAUCCAAUGCAGCAAUCAACAACAGAAAGACCACAAACACAGCGCAAACUCAAAAUCAAUCACACGUCGUUUACAAUAUAGAAAUGAGGCCCAGAUCAUCUAGUCAAAUUACAAAUUGUAAUUUUGAGCCAUCCGCUGGUUCAAGGUUAGAUGCUCCAACAAUGAUAACCACAGGGUCCUUACCCGAUCUCUCAUCCUUACAUGGGUAUCCGGCUAACCCAACGCCUCAAACAACCAACAAUUACUAUUAUCAAAAUGUGGAUAAAUCUGGAUUCGAAAGUAUUCAAUCGGUGCGUCCAGACGAGGCUCAACAAAUCAACUCCAUAAAGUCGUCGGAUCUAUUAGAUUUCCAAAAUUUACUUAACAAUGACGAAUUUUCACAGAGCAUAUGCGGAGACACAAAAGAUAAAGAUCUACUAAGUGAAUAUCGACACCCACAUCGUCCAAGUCCAGGAUCUAGCCCGAAUCUACAAGGAAACUUAGUGAAUCAUUUUGAUCAGUUUGAUCACAGUGCUCCGUGCAGCCCAACCACCCACAUCAAGAACAAUUUCCAAUCUGUACCUGACGACACAGAAGGAUACUAUGAAAAUUCUCUCAAAAACAAUUUCGAACAAUUUUCAUUAGAUGACGGGCUCUCAUCACAGUACUUGGAUGAAGUUCAACUGGCAUGUUCAACGUUCAGUGGCAUGGAUAACGCAACAACUCUCGUCAAUAGCAGUAGAAACACUUAUCUCGAAAAUGAUGGAAAUCAUAGCACUUUUAAUUCAACUGUGCCAGCCAACAGCAUUCCGGCAAUCGUACUGUCAGACUAUAGUAAUGAUAUGACUAGCAACGACAUUGCAAACGAUCUUCUCAUUUCAGAUAUGUUGGGUGACUCGUUUGAACUGGGGCAAAUGGAUAUGGUGGGCUUACAAAUGCUUAGUGAUCCAGACAUUAUUACAGACUCAUUCACGGAAGAUACUUUAAGACGCGAUCUAAACCUGAAUUGAUAUUAGAUGUAUUUCUAAUUGUAUUUAUGUUUUGAAUUUCAUUUUAAGUCAUUUACUGUAUAUAAUUAUACAUGCACAAAUGGAGCCAAUAAAAAGCUUCCAAGGGGAACG